UUUGUACAUCGUCCAAUCAGCUUCGCUCACCAAAGUGCCGGGCCAAAUAACAUUCGUUUCGAGGCUGCAUGGUAAUAUUUUGGCUAUACUGGUGAUUUUUGUUCAACAGCACAUUACGAAGAAUCCAGACUGUAGUUCGUCUCAAACACCAGAGGAAUGGAUGCCGAGGGCUUCGGGGAGUUGCUGCAGCAGGCCAAGCAGCUGGCUGCGGAGACGGAGGCCGUGUCAGAGCUGCCGCAUGUCGAGAGGAACCUUCAGGAGAUACAACAGGCAGGAGAGAGACUUCGAUCACGCACGCUCACCCGAACAUCACAGGAUUCUGCCGAUGUAAAAGCGUCAAUCCUCCUCGGUUCCAGAGGUUUGGACAUCUUCCACAUUUCUCAGCGACUGGAGAGUUUAAGUGCGGCGACUACCUUUGAGCCCCUGGAGCCGGUUAAAGACACUGACAUACAGGGCUUCUUGAAGAACGAGAGGGACAACGCCCUGCUGUCCGCCAUCGAGGAAUCGCGCCGCAGGACAUUCCUGCUGGCUGAAGAGUACCAUCGUGAGUCCAUGCUGGUCCAGUGGGAGCAGGUCAAGCAGAGAGUGUUGCACACGCUCCUCGGGGCGGGAGAGGACGCCCUGGACUUCAGUCAAGACGUGGAGCCCAGCUUUGUGAGUGAUAUAACGGCACCGGGAAGGAGUGCUUUGGACAGCGUGGAGAUGGCAUAUGGACGGCAGAUCUAUGCGUUCAACGAGAAGAUCGUGAAUGGUCACAUUCAGCCGAAUCUGGGAGAUUUAUGUGCAUCUGUAGCAGAAAGCUUGGAUGACAAGAAUGUGUCAGACCUGUGGGUGAUGGUGAAACAGAUGACCGAUGUUUUGCUGGUACCUGCCAAAGAUACACUGAAGAGUCGCACUUCGGUUGAGAUGCAAAUGGCGUUUGUGCAGCAGGCGCUCGGCUUCCUCGAGAAUAGUUAUAAAAAUUUUACCAUGGUAACUGUGUUCGGAAAUCUUCAUCAAGCCCAACUGGGAGGGGUGCCGGGAACAUACCAACUUGUAUGCAGUUUCCUUAACAUCAAGUUACCCGGUCCCUUGCCUGGAAUGCAGGAUGGUGAUAUAGAGGGCCACCCAGUGUGGGCUGUCAUCUACUACUGUGUACGUUGUGGAGACCUGAAUGCGGCCAUGCAUGUCAUCAAUCAAGUGCAGCACCAGCUAGGAGACUUCAAGACCUGGUUUCAGGAGUACGCAAACAGCCCAGAUAGACGACUUUCCCCAACUUCAGAGAACAAGCUUCGUCUGCACUACCGCAGAGUACUGAGGAACAGCGCAGAUCCCUACAAGCGAGCUGUUUACUGCCUCAUCGGGAAAUGUGAUGUCAGCGAUAACCAUGGAGAGGUGGCGGACAAGACUGAAGACUAUCUAUGGCUUAAGCUCAAUCAGGUCUGCUUCGAUGACGAUGGCGGUAGCUCAACUCAGGACAGGCUGACCUUGCCGCAGUUACAGAAACAACUGCUGGAGGACUAUGGAGAAUCCCAUUUCUCUGCAAGCCAGCAGCCUUUCCUAUAUUUCCAGGUCCUAUUCCUGACUGCUCAGUUUGAGGCCGCCGUGGCAUUCUUGUUUCGCGUUGAGAGACUUCGGAGUCAUGCCGUUCACGUAGCCUUGGUGCUGUAUGAGCUACGGCUGUUGCUGAAGUCAUCUGGCCAAAGUGCUCAGCUGCUGAGUCAAGAGCCCGGUGACCCGCCCACUGUGCGCCGCCUCAACUUUAUCCGCCUGCUCAUGCUUUACACUCGCAAAUUUGAGUCAACGGACCCACGGGAAGCCCUGCAGUACUUUUACUUCUUACGCAAUGAGAAGGACGGCCAAGGAGCGAACAUGUUCAUGCGAUGUGUCAGUGAACUUGUUAUUGAGAGUCGAGAGUUUGACAUGUUACUUGGAAAAUUGGAAAAAGACGGAAGCAGGAGGCCCGGGGUCAUUGAUAAGUUUGCCGGAGACACCAGAGCUAUCAUUAGUAAAGUGGCCUCGGAAGCUGAGAACAAGGGUUUGUUUGAAGAAGCAGUCAAACUGUAUGAGCUGGCCAAGAAUCCAGACAAGGUGUUGGAGCUGAUGAACAGGUUGUUGAGCCCUGUCAUUGCUCAAAUCAGCGCUCCUCAGUCUAAUAAGGAGAGGCUCAAAAACACUGCACUAGCCAUCGCCAGUAGGUACCGCUCUCAAGGCAUCGCAGGUGACAAGUUUAUCCAAAGCACUUUCUACCUACUUCUGGAUCUGAUGACUUUCUUCGAUGAGUACCAUGCAGGGCAUAUCGAUCGAGCGUAUGAUGUGAUGGAGCGCCUGAAGCUUCUGCCCCUCAGCCAGGAAAGUGUGGAGGAGAGAGUUGCGGCCUUCAGGAACUUUAGUGACGAGGUGCGUCACAACCUGUCAGAGGUGCUGUUAGCAUCCAUGAACAUCCUGUGCACGCAGUACAAGCGUCUGAGGGGGGCGCCGGCAGGCACACCGGGACGAGCUCAAAGAACUUUGGAUGACAGAGACACGCAGCUGCGCGGUCAAGCUCGAGCCUUGAUCACCUUCGCUGGGAUGAUUCCCUACAACAUGGCCGGGGACACCAAUGCCAGACUGGUGCAAAUGGAAUUACUAAUGAACUGAGCUGUCACUACACACAGAAUUCAUUAACAACAAAGGGGCCGUUUUGGUGACACCAACCCAUUAGCACAUUCUCAUUUUCAUCAUUUCAUUUUGAUGAAGGCAAACAUUCAUUGUGUUUGCAUUUGUAUCUUGUGUUUCUGUUCUUAGUUGAUUUCUUUUUAUUCUUUUCCCAUUGUGCUGUUUCAUAUUUGUACUGCCAGUUAUUUGGAAUUAAAAAAAAUAUUUUGCAGUUC